UGGAAAACAUCAGUAGACAAAGAAAACGCAACUUUCUUUCCCCUUCGCAUUGGUCAAAAAACUAAAACCUGUCUCAAUAAUCAUGACUUUUUUGUAACUAUUGUUGUUGGUAAUAAAAACAAUACCUCUCUACUUGGGUAUUUGUGUCAAAGUGAUGUAUAUAUUAGUCAAAUAGAAAAUGAUCCUUCCAGAGCUAUUUCUUCG